GGUGCUGUAUCAAUAGUAAAAUGUUACUCCCUGUUGUAAGAUGUGAGAUAGUAUUACUGUAGCAGUGUUGCUGAAUUGAUAUGUCAGAAAAAUCCAGAUUUUGGCAACAUUCAGAGUUGCUUCCUGCAGUUAGGAGGCAAACAGUCUCACAUUUGGAGGAAUAACUUUUUAUAGUUUAUUAUGAACCCAAAUUAAAUUUUUAGUAUUUGGAAAGCCCGUAGCAGAUCUUUGAUGCUCCUCGUUUGGUGAGCGACACCAAUGUGAAUUCUUUACAUCUGCUAAUUCUGAUGUCAGUCUGCACAUUUAGAAUACAGUCUUUUCCCGCUUAGGACCUGAUCCUGCAAAUUGCUCUCCACAGGCAGACCCUUAUGUUUGGGCAGAGCACUGCACUUUUGAAGUAAGUAGGGCAUUGCAUGGGUCCCAGGGUUAGCCACAUGGAGAAGUUUGCAGGAGCAGGGCCUAAAAUUAUUCGUCUAUUUUGCAAUUAAUAUGAACAUCACACUGAGGAGCUGUUUUAUUUUCCAGUUUGUUAUAAACCCAUAACUGUUCAUCUUAAAAAGGAAAAGCACCAUGAUUUCUCAAAGAAAAUAUAAAAUAUGCUUUAAUCUUAAUUCAGAUUUUAAAUAAAAAUUAAUACAAUUUUCAUUUAACUGUUUGUAUUCGCUUCUUAUUUUUCAGGGUUCUUUGAAAAAUCCUUAGUGGUCUUGACAAUGUUACAAGUGACAUAAAUUAGCCUGUGGCACAGAAUGAUGGAUUCCCAGAAGACUGGAAAUGGUUUGCAAGUGAUUGGACAAGGGACUGGUAUAGGGAUAUCUGCACUCCACAUGGUGGGGUAUUUGGGAAAAAACUGUAAUUCUGCUGUAGUAACGUCAGAUGAGUGCUGCCCAGCCUGCAAAGAGAAGGGCCAGAUACAAGCUUUACGGACUUACCGCAUUAGUUUUCAAGAGUCUGUUUUCCUUUGUGAAAAUCCACAGUGCAUCUAUCCUCUGGGCUAUAAACCAUUAAACAGCAUAAUAAUUCCUGCUGAUUCAGAAAAUCCUCAAACUCCGUGUACUCAGAGAAAAAGGAAGAUUUUUGAAAUCAGUCCUACAGCUUCCCCCAUUGAAUCAUGUUCAAAACAAGCUAGGACUAACAACAAUUUGAUAGAUGCUGAGCACACUUUAAAUACUGAUCUUGUUCUCAAGUAUAAUGGAUAUAAUUUAUGUAUGACCCAGCCAUGCCUACCUGAUUUAUCACAGGAUGAUCAGCAGAAACCAAAUAGGACGGCUGAGUCUCUGGAGCAUAAUGUGGAUGUGGCAACUGUUAUCACUGUUGGUGGUGCUCAAGAAAGUCCUGACUCUAAUUCCAAAACACAAUUUUUGCCAGAUUCUGAACUUUGUUCAAAAAAAUCUGAAAUCGUGCAUGCAGAUAGCAAACCUUCAUUGUUCAUGGGGCAUUUGUGUCUUCAGUGGAGGAACAUCUAUGCUCUGUGUUGGUUAGAUUGUAUUCUGUCAGCAUUGGUACACUUAAAAACUUUAAGGAUUGCUGUGACUGAAGCAUGUACUGAAAAAUCUGUAAUCCAGAGGCUGUUUACAAAAUAUAACCAAGCGACUGCACUCUUGAAUGCGUGCCAAACAAAUAAGCUAAAAGAUGUUCUUCCAAAAGCUGAGUUGCAUCUAAAUGAAAUCAGAAAUGUUAUAUUUGCUCAACUUCAACCUCAGCUUAAAUGUGAAUUGGGUAAGAAGGAAAGUCCAGUAUUUGCAUUCCCUCUGCUUUUACAAAAGGAUCCCCAAGUCGAGACACUUUUCCUGCAUUCUUUUUCAUGGAUGUUUGAAUGUUUACAUUGUGGCUUCAGCCACCAAGACAGGUGUAGGAAGACACUAACAACAUUUACAAAUAUAAUUCCUGACUGGCACCCACUUAAUGCUAUUCAUAUUGCUCCAUGUAAUAAUUGUAAUGAUAAAUCUCAAAGAAGAAAAAUGAUUUUGGAAAAAGUACCCUCAAUGUUUAUGAUACAUUUCGUAGAAGGUUUGCCACAUAACGAGCUGAAGAACUAUUCGUUUCAGUUUGAAGGAGAUUUCUACCAAAUAACAGCUGUUAUUCAGUAUCAACAAGAUCCAAAACACUUCAAAACCUGGGUUUUGAAUCCUGAUGAAACUUGGCUUGAAUGCGAUGACAUAAAAGGUCCAUAUUGUGAAAGACGUGAGAAAUUUGAAGUUCCUCUUUCAGAGAUUCACAUUGUCAUCUGGGAAAGGAAAGCAUCUCAAGUGCCUGAUAAAAUGAGUUAUCAGGUCCAAAGUGUAAAAUCUGAAAAUCUUCCUCUUAAUGAUGCACAGUCAAGUUCUUCUCUGGUGUUGCAUUGUGAUGGUGAUAAUGCCGUAGACGAAAUAACUACAGUAUUUCACAAAAAGAAGAUUGUUAGCAUUCCUGUUAAUGAACAACAAAAAGUGGCCAGAGAUGAUAAUGAAAAUAGCUUGCUUUCUGGCUUAGAAAAUUUGGCAGCUGAUGAUGUUAUAACUCUGACACUUGUAGAAGUUCAGGUUGAUUCUGAAGGUAAACCACUGGACAAUGGACAGAUGGUGGGAAAUAACCUAAUUGCUGAAACAGCCUUGCUGAAAGAGCAGGAGUCAGCUUGUUCAGAUCAAACUCCAUGUACAGAAGAUGUUUGUUGUCCGACUACCUGUAGCAACAUGUGCACACCACCUGAAAAUGCCUGUAUUUCCUUACAUCUUGAACAGUUGAACCUAGCAAAUAUUACAUCUGCUGUUCCCACAAACAAUUGUAGUGACUCGUCCAUGCCAUCACAAUCUCAAGAGGCAGAGGCCAAGGCUAACCCAGUCAACGCUGAGAAUAUCGUGUUAAAUCCAGAACUCUUGCAGAAUAAGAAAUUACCAUUAAUGGAGAAUGUUAUGCAGAAAUCAUCUAAUACCAGAAACACAAGCAAAACUGUAGCAGACUCUCAGGCUGCAACUUUGUCUGCUACAAAUAAUUCCACCCAGUCUUUGCAUAAAGAUCAAAAGAGAGGAUUUGUAGGAAGUUGGGUAAAGGGGUUCUUAAACAAGCAUAAUACCUUCAUGCCUUCAAGUGCCUCAACUCAUCAUAAUAAGAAAAGUUACAAAAAUCCUUCUUUACUAAGAGCUACUGACUUGCACCUCCCUACUAAGGGGGCAGCUAAUUUUGGUGGCUUUCAAGCCAAAGGUACAAGCAAAACAACUGAGGAGGUACCUAAAUCAGCUGUUUGUCAAGGUGCAAAUCUUCCUCCUUUGUUAACAAACAUUACUGCUCCUUCUGUACAUGCUCGUCUCCCUGCAGUAAACCCCGUAGUUGAUGGUCCAAUUCUGAAUAAGUCUGGAAGCUCAUUGGGCACCUGGAGUGAAGUAAUUCAACCCAACACCCCAAUCUUUAGUUCUAAACCUCACCAUGGUGAAAAUGGAAAUCGCAAAUCUGAUGUGAAAGAUAAAGAAUCGGACGCCAAAACUCACAAGCUUCGUUUAAAACUGCUUAAAAAACUGAAGGCUAAAAAGAACAAAUUGGCUUCACUUGAUAGGCUGGCAAAGACUCAGAUGUGUAAUGGAAUCUCUCCAAAUAGAGAUGUAGAAGAUCUGUUACAAUUUGGAUCUCAUCAUGAAAGUGAAUCAGUACAGAACUUAUUGAAUGAACUGCAGUAUCAGAUUGAUGUUGCGGACAGUGAAUCUGUAUAUAGUACAAACUCCAACAUGUCACUAUGCAGUAGCCAGAGUAAUGCAGCAUUUUUAGCAGACUUAUUGUCUCCUCCUUCAAUUGUUGCUUCUUCAGAGCUUCCAAAAGAUGAAGAUGAGUGUAGAUAUUUGGAAAUGGUGGAUAGCAAUACUGCAGCACCAGUGCAUAGUGCGAGAACGAACCUCACAUGCGUCACUGUGGCAAGCGAAGACCAUAAUUAUUACAGUCCUGUAAAAGAAAGCAAGUAUGAAGGUCAUACAGACUCACUAAUGAACAAAUCCUGCUUGAAAAGACUUUCCUUUGAAAGUCCCACAAAGGAAGAUUUCCUUGAAGACCUGUUCUCCUCUGCAGUGUUGAACUCAAUAGCAGGAGACAUAGAUUUACCUCAUUUUGAUGAAACUCUAUUUGAAACCUGCUGAAUUGUUGUAAUAUUUAUUUUUAACAUUUGAGAAUUUUGUAUAUGAGCUUUCACGAAAAGUACUAUUAAAUUAUAUUUUCAAACUA